UGUUGCACCACCGCGCGAUCCAUGACACUCACUUAAUUUGCUCUCGUGUGCACGCCCCGAUGCACCGUUCCGUCCAGUUUAAACAGGGUCACGGGCAGGCGAGCCUCAAGCGAGCGCGCACGCACGAAUAGCCGCGCUGAGCGCGCAUUGUACAGAGGCUGUUCAACUAGCAGAGCAUGCACCGGCCGGCCAUGACAUGAGGGAGCACCAGCUGCAGCAGCCCGGCACGCUCUUCCUCCUCAGGAACCCGCUCGUGGUCGCCUCCAGGACGAUGCGCCGCGGCAUCCGCGGCUUCUGCCAUGGCGUCGGCUCCACGUCCACACAGCAGCACCUCCACGCCAGCAUCGACCACCAGCAGCUGGCCAGCGGGGGUGCCGAUGCCGACGCAGCGUCGUCUUCCUUCAUGACCGUGCCGUCGUCCGUCGUGGGCUCCUGCGCGGCCGAGAGCGAGGCGGCCACCGGUGGAGGCCCGCAUGCGGCGGCCGCGGUCACCCUGGAACAGAUGAUCCUGCAGCUGGACCUGGAGGAGGAGGCCGCGGCGGCCAGAAAGGCGCGGCGCGUGGCGGCGGCAGUGCUGGAGGAGGACCGCUACCACCCUCGCCGCAUGUCGUGCGUGAACAGCUCCGACCACGUGCUCCGCUCAGCGCGGGACGCGCUCAGCCAGUACCCGCGCUUCUCCCUCGACGGCCGGGACGCCAUGUGCCGCGCGUCGUUCAGCAGCUACCACGAGGGCAUGGGCGUCGCCGGCCCCGUGCUCCGAGAUAGCCGAAACAUCCCUGCAGACCGCGACGGCAGUCGGCACCGGAGGGCGUCAGUCUGCUGCGCCGCCGCCGGCGCGGGGCACUGCAGAGCGAAAGAGUGCGGUAUGGAAGGCUACGAGAUGGACCUGGAGCGGACACUGCGGAUGCCGUCCACGGUGGCUGGGGAGAGCGUGGUGUGGUGCAAGCCCGGCGUCGUGGCCAAGCUCAUGGGCCUCGAUUCCGUGCCCGUGCCCAUCGGAGGAGGGCAGCGCGGCGGCAUUGCCGGCGCUAGAAGGAAGGCCAAUUGGGCACCGCAGGGAUCGACGCUCGGCGGCGGCGUGAGGAAGCAGAGAUCAAGGAGGAUGGGCAUAGAGGAGCUGGAGAAGGAAAGGCUCUUCAUGGCACUCCAUGGCUACCUCGGGUCGGGCGCCAGCGCCCUACGGGCAACCGCGGGCCCUGAUGUCAGUGGGUUUGGAAGGGACGGGGAAGGUUGGGAAUUCCGGGUUCCUAGCUAAGCAUAUUUCAGUUCAGUAUUUCCGACUAAAUUUCGAGUAGAGCAACUAGCUUUUUAUUUUGUCAAAUGGUGAAUUUUAUCAAUUCAAUGAGGGCAUAGCUGGUUUUUGCAUAGUUAGGAUGAUGUACAUAGUCAAGAUCAACACCA